AUGUCUAAGAAAUCUACAUAUGUAUCAAUUGGAAGAGAAAUAGAACAAGCAAGGAUGACAAAGUCUUCUGGAUUUAAUGAUGUAUUAAAUGAGAAGGAACUUCGAAAUAGAGCAAAUAGUCUGUUAUAAAAACCUCAAUUAAAGAAAUUUUACAAGAAUAAGAAAGAUGGAGGAAUAAUAAAACCCAAUAAGAUGGCAGAACAAUUAAGAAAUACUUUCAUAGAUAAAUUAAACUUAAACAAUUUGGAUAGUGCAGCUCCUCCAAAAUCAAUUGUAUCUCAUUAAUCUUCAACGACUACUCAACCUCUUUGUUUUGAAAUUGAUUUUGAUUGGCUAGAUUAUUGUGAUGAAUAAAAGUUCAAAUAGAUCUUUAAGGAAGACUUAAAAGACAUUCCAGAUAUUGAAUAAUAUGUAGAAGACAAUUAAUCAUAUCUUUGUCAUAUCUUUGCAUAAUGUGCUUGUGCAAAAUGUACUUGCAACAAAUGCAUUUGUUAAUAUAAAAAGAAAUUAGAAUUAAAUUAUGCAUAUGGCAUGCUUACUUCAAAUAAAUUUGAUUACGUACCAAAAUAAAAUAAAUGCUUUACUCCAAUAAUAACAUAAAAUCAUUAUGAUAAUAUUGGAUUACCAGUUGCAUCCAUGUAAUUUAAUUCUACUUAGAGAGAUAAUUAUAAAUGGAUACCAUAAGAUAGACCAAGAACAGCUGCCAAAUCUAUGUAUGAAUCUCACAAUUUGCCAACUGGAUAAACUACUAAUAAUGUACGAAUUUUCAUUCAAUAGUCUUGCUCACAUUUAUCAAUUGGAAGGACUAUACUCCAAAUAUAUUUAAGGCUCCUCAAUUUCGUUCUACUGUUAAAGCCAAUUUAAUGACAAGAACUAAUUAUAGGAAUCAAUUCAUUUGGAAAGUUAAAGAUGAAAACUAACCAACAGCUGAUGAUAUUAAACAAAAAUAAUUUCAGUACAAAAAUAUAAUAUUUAAUAGUUAAACUAUUUAAAAAAUAUAUCCAAAUCAAUUACGAUCUAUUUAUUAAGAAUCUUUUAUUUAGAAGAAUCAAAAACCUAUUAGAGUAUUUUUAAAACCAGAAGAGAUUUUAUAAUGUAAUGCUUAUUAAGGUUAAUAUUUAACAACUAAAUAAAUGGAUUAUGAGGGUAAAUAAAUAACAGUCAAAGACAUUUAAUAGAAACCAUGGAAAGGAAGAUUGAUAAAAAAAUUAUAAAAUAUAUUAUGA